AUGGAACUAAUCGAUAGCGAUAAUAGUUCGUCAGACUCUGACUUGUCGUCAGACAGUUCUGAUGAAGAACUGCUAUUAUUACAUGAUACGGAACGUAUAAAAGUACUGAAGGUUGACAAUUAUUGCGAUAUAAUUUGUCAUAUGCACGAUAAAACAUUCCAGUCUCAUUUUCGCCUUACAAGAAGUUCUUUCGAAAUUGUAAGAGGAGCAAUUGCACCUUUGUUUCAGCCUGUUAAUAAUGAAAGAGGUCAUCCUAAUGUAUCAUUGGAAAAAACAAUAUUAUCAACAUUAUGGUUAUUAGGAAAUCAAGAUUCUUUUCGAGAAGUUGGUAAUCUAUUCGAUUUAAGUCCAAUUGAUGGAAUGCACAUAGAAAUUCCAGCUCCAAGAGAUGAUCCUAUGAGUUAUUAUAACCGAAAAGGUUUCCAUUCAAUUAUUUUACAAGGAAUCUGCGAUGCAAAAUGUCAAUUUAUUGACAUUUUUAUUGGUUGGCCCGGUGCGACUCAUGAAGCAAGAGUGUGGAGGGAAAGUCCUAUUGGUCAAGCACUUACUGAAGAUCCAACACUUUUACCGGAAGGAACUCAUAUUAUAGGGGAUUCUGCAUAUAGCUUACAGACUUAUUUACUAACACCAUUCCGUGAUAAUGGUCACUUGUCUCCAAGACAAAAGCUAUAUAAUAAAAAAUUAAGUUCAAAGAGAGUUGUCAUUGAGCAAGGAUUUGGAAGACUGAAAGUUAGAUUUAGAAGAUUAAAAUUUUUAAAUAUGUCUCUAAUGAAUGAAAUGAAAAUAGUAGUUGUUGCUGCAUGUGUUCUGCACAAUAUUUGCAUCAGAUAUAAUGAUGAAACUGAAUUAAGUGAUAACGAACGUGAAGAGCUGGACGAGGGCCAAGAUGAGGAUGAUCAUAUUUUGGAAACUGCUAAUGAUAAAAGAAAUAGAAUUGCAGAUACUUUGUGGGCGAAUAGAAGAUAA